UCGCUGCUGGGCCAUCUCUAAACAAAAAGUGGUGCAAAAAGUUGGCUUAAAUGUUGUUGCCACGGCCAAACUGACGAUGCGCCGCGUCCGCUGAGCCUCGUGUCCGCACCCGUGAGAUCCGCGACCCCCAGAUCCGUGCUCUGGCCACCGCGGGAGAGCCCGGGAAGCCCACAUAGACCCCAAAAACCCCACUGUUUUCGGUUCGCUUUCAAUUGGCUUGCAUUGGCGGAGCAAACAAACAAACAAACAGACAGGCGCAGCGGAGGCACCAGCAGGAGAAUAGGAUAGAGGCAAGGUGCCACAGUGUAGACAUCCUCUGGCCCGAUUGGAGCGCCAUGUCGCAGGUGCUCAGCCCGCGCAAACAGGGCGUGGCGGCGGCGGAGGCGGAGGGGCUGGACUACGCGAACGGCGGCUCGAUCUUGGAGUUCCUGGCCAAGGAGCAGGACUGCGGCGGCGGCGGCAUGCUGGCCGAUCCGGAUCCGGAGUCCAUUUUCCAGGAGGUGAGCCGCCUGUCCGACAGCACGGACAUGCGCUCCGUGGACGAGCUGCUGCAGGAGGCCGAGCGCCUCAUCCAACAGCAGCUGCGUCUGGGCGGACUGGCCCCGGAAAUGGAGAGUUCUGCGUGCGCUGCAUCGCCCAAAUCCCAAGUCACGGCGGAGGCAGCCACAGCCGCUCCCGCUCCCGGCGGCGAUGGCUCCUCCUCGUCCCCGCAAUCCUCGCCGCACAGCAGCAUCCGGCUGAACACACGCUACACCCAUCGCAUCGAGCAUUUGCCCCUAGCUCCGCUGCCGCCAAAAACAGCCGCCAUCAAUGGCAAAGUCCGGCCCAGAUCCGGUUCCAAGUCGUCGGCCUCGCCCACGUCAGUGCAGACGCCGCUGGAGGGCAGCAAUGGUUGUGGCUUCGCCGCCUUUGUGGACAACCUGCCCUCGGAGUCGGUCAUCUCCGAGGAGUCCACGCCCAAGGACAUGGACAUGGAGCUGCACACGGCGGCCAUGGCGCAGCUGCAGCUCCAGCUGCAGGAUAACACCGAUGACGAUGAGGAUACGAUGGAGGAGAUCACGGAGGCGGAGGCUGAUGCGCCAGCUCAUCCAACUGGCCAACUGGCGAGGAGUCCACCUGGCAGGCAGUCCAGGAUUCACUCCUUCAGCCAGCCCAUCAGGCCCAUGGCCAGCUACUGCGAGAAGGCGGUGGGCAGCUCGCCCAAGCACCUGGUCAGCACGCUGAGCUCGCCCAUCGAGCAGAUCGCCUGCAGUGUGUCGCGGGAGCAUGCGCUCAAGCUGGAGAUCGAACAGCUGCAGGAGCGGCUCAAGGACACCGAGGAGCGCCUGGCCUCCGUGCGCCUGCAGAGCGACUCGCUGUCGCAGACGCAGCGUGCCCUCCGGGAGCACAACGGCCGGCUGCAGGAGGAGUCCGAGAUGCUCAAGCUGGACGUGCAGCAUCUCAACGAGUGUGCCAACGUGCUGCGGGCGGAGCUGCAGGCGGCGCGCCGGGAUCGUGGGGAGGCGCUCCAGCUGCAGCGCAACCUGCGCGAGGAGCUCGAGGAGGCGCACCAGGAGCGGCGGCGCACGGGCGAGGGCAAGGAGAAGGACGCCCGCGUCAUCCAGGACCUGCAGCGCCAGUGCCGCGAGAUGGAGCGGAUACUCAUGCGCAAGCACCCGGACUCGGUGUCCGCUCUAAUAGUGGCUUCCAAGAGUCCUGGUAUGUGUCCGCUGAACGACCAGGAGAACGUGAACAGCCGCAAGCUGCUGGAGCAGCGCAUCGCCCAGCUGGAGUCGGAUGCCAAGGAGCAGGAUCGCAAGGCGCAGCAGAUCCUGGCCAAUGUGCAGGCGCGCUUCAACUCGGUGCAGGCCAAGUACGAGACGCACAUUGCCGACUUGGAGACGCAGGUGCUGAGCCUCCAGGAGAUCAAUACCAAGCUGAACGAGCAGAUCGAGUCGCAGGUGCGCACCCUAGAUCGCUAUAUGCAAAAGCGCGCGGACAGAUACUACAACAAUUGCACCCAAACGGAGCCCCUGGAGCAGGAUGAACCGGUGGGCAGUGGCGUGAAUCCGGGCGGAGCAGCCACCGUCAGCUCCACCACGAUGGGCACCCAAACGCAGGCGGCGAAUGGCACACGGGAUCAUAGCACCAACACCAUUGGCUGCCCCUCGCCAGCGCUGAUUUGCCAGCAACAGCACCUCCACCAGCCGCAUGUCCACCUACAUGGCCAUCCCCAUGCCCCAUCCGCCAGCAGCAGCACCAGCAGCACGGCCAACUCCACGCCAAACACGUCGCGUCCGAACUCCAAGCAGAGUGGUGGUCAGCGGCGUUCGCCCCUGGUCACCGCCGGUCCCUCCAAGCUGCCCAUCUCGCAGUCGGACUCCACGCUCUCGCUGCUCAGCCACGGCGGCAUGGGCUCCAAGGAGGAGGCCCAGCUGCUCAGCUCCGUGAGGAGCAUGCGCGUCGACUUGGCCAUCAAGAACAAGGCCAUGCAGCGACUCACGCGGGAGUUGGAUGAGUGCAAGAAGACCAUACGGAAGCUGCAGCGGGACAGGGAGGGCAGUGGCUCCGCCAGCCAGGCAGGCAGCAAGCUGGAUCUCAGGGCGCAGGCCAGCGGCGGAUCCCUGCAGCGGCGCUACGAUCACCAUCACCACAGUGACCACAUUCCGGCGGCCACCGAAAGUCAGGCUCUGAAGGAGGCCCAAAACAAGUACCGCCUGCUAGAGGCCGACUAUAAAACGCUCCACGACAAGCGGCUGCAGGAUCUGAAGACGCUGCAGAGUGCCCACGAACGGGAGCUGGCCUCCUGCAACGAGACUGUGCGAAUCCUGCAGCAGCGCCUCAAUGAGCGCGAGGAGGCCCUGACCACCCAGAAGCGGCGCAAGGUGCCCGUCGACUACUAUGCGCUGAAGGCCAAGGUGUCCCUUUUGGAGCGUAGGCACUCGGAGCGGGAGGAACGACUUCACAUGCUCGUCGAGGCCCUCAGCAAGGGACGGCUCAAUGGCGCUCUCGAGGAUCUGAUGCAGGAGAACAACAACAAGUAGAACAGUUCGUUGGUUUUAGGAUACUAUUUAAGACACAUUGCCAUGUUCAAUGCCAGCCAAUUCGACUAGAGUCCGUCUAAGCAGUAAAACAUCCAAUGAUAAACGAUAAUGAAGCAAUUUUAGCCAGGAUCGGGUGUCCAAGGAGCCUUGGCUGCCGGGUUGGAUUGCGGCUCCAAGCGAAUGAAACUCUAACUGACGCUCCUGCGCUUUUCUCGAAACCAAAUUCAAAUGUGUUCAAAACGGAAACAAUAAGUGUAUCGACCGGUGAUCAGUUAGCCAAAAACGUAUACAUAGGCUUAAGAUCUUUCCCCCCAACAGCCGCAAUCCAGUCUGGCAGCCAGGGCCUUGGCUUCACCAGAAGGGAUAUUUAAAGGGUUAAAGUUAUUGUAGUUCUUAGAGCAGAAAGUAUUUUAAAUAUCAGUGUUUCGAUGUAGAAAUUGAAUGGUUCAAAAGUAAAAAAAAAGAAAAAUGUUCACACAACUUAGAGAGAGACGGGAAUAGAGGUGUGAAAGAGAGCGAGGCAGCUGGGUCUUGGAAAUGAAAGAGAUGGCUGGGGGAAACGAAAGUUGUACUAGGCAUAAGUAUUUUAUGUAUAUAGAAUAUCGAAGUGCGGAAAUUCGAAGCGAUCUCAACUUGAAUAUUAUAUAUUUGAUUUAGACAAGGAGUGCUGUAGGAGCACAAUUAAUUUUACCCAUGUAACAUUCGAUUUUUUUUACCUAAACCAAUUAUUGUGCGUUUAAGAUAGAGAACUUUGAAAAAGUUAAAAAAGCUAAGAACCAGGGACCGUAAAUAAAGGGUAUUUAUGUUGUUUCCUUAAAGAAAAUCCUCCAAAUAGCCUAUAACCUACCUAUAUAAAUGAGAUCUACAUCAGUAUGCUAUCUUUUCGACCACCUAUACAGAAAAUAAAUAUAUUUAAACAUACACUAACAGCUCUAUAAGAAAUUAUGCUUAGAAGAUGAAGAUUUUCUUAUGAUUUCUUAUAGAGUGGUUAGUACCUACCAGUAAAUUGUAUUUUUAAGCAAAGCAAAGCUUACCCAAUAAUCAUUAUUGACAAGUUUUGCUAUAUUCCUAUUGGAUAUGUAAAAUAAAACUUGAUCAUACUGAUUACCGGGUGAGUUUUCUAGGCAACUACGGUCCCUGCUAAGAACCGAACCGAAUGUAAUAGAUCUCCCAUAAAUAUUAUAACUCAAGCAGGCGGACAACUAAGACAAAAACCAAAUAAAAAUUCACAGUAUUCCAAUA